AUUAUAGUAAUAUAUUAUAUAAUUAUUAAUUUAAAUAUUCAAUACUCAGCACUCUAGAACAUAGUUACCCAAUGGAAUUAUCAUGUAUCAAUAAAGUGCAAAAUUAUAAUAAAUUGUUUCGUACAAUUAAUGUUAAAUACUUAUACUUUAUAAAAAAUUGCUCUUGCUGUCUAUAAGGUUGAAAGUUACCUAAUUGAAAAAUUAUGUAAUUUAUUAUUUUGGUUAUUAAAAUGAAAUAUUAAACUGUGAACUAUUAGUUUAUUAAAUAGAUAUUUUGAGUAUAUUUUUAGCUAUUUUGUUAAUUAUAAAGCAGUUAAAUGAGCAGCAGCCAAAACCGUUUCACUACUAAAUACGGAACUAUGUCUCAUAAUAAAAAGUUUGAUUCAUUUUCCGAGAAAGAAGAUUCAGUGCCAAUCGGAUCAUUAAAUAUUUUAUCAGCAAAGUAUGAGAGUUUAGAUUAUGAAAUUGUUGAAAACUAUGUUUAUCGCGAUGAAGAACGAAAAAAAGGUUACCCAUUUGUAGUCAAGAAAAAUUUUGUGAGAUGGGUUAUUUUCUUUUGGAUUGGUGUAAUCACUGCUACCGUUGGUAUUAUAAUUGAUUUAUCAAUAGAAACUAUUGCAGAUUUGAAAUUUAGUCAUGUCAAGAAAUAUAUUGACAAAUGUAAUGAAUCUGAUUGUUUGUGGAGACCAUAUUUAUUAUUAUUGGCUUACAAUAUUGUGCCAGUUUUAAUUGGAUCUACUUUAGUUGCUUAUGUUGAACCAGUUGCAUUGGGAUCUGGAAUUCCUCAAGUGAAAUGUUACCUCAAUGGGAUUAAAAUACCAAGAUUAGUUAGAAUAAAAACUUUAUUUAUAAAAGUUAUUGGUGUCAUUACCACUGUUGUAGGUGGCAUGUGUGGAGGAAAGGAAGGUCCCAUGAUUCAUGCUGGUGCAGUUGUAGCUGCUGGAAUUUCCCAGGGGAAAAGUACCACAUUUCAUAAGGACUUUGGAGUUUUAAAUUAUUUCAGAGAGGACCAUGAGAAAAGAGAUUUUGUAUCUGGAGGAGCUGCAGCUGGAGUUGCUGCUGCUUUUGGUUCACCAGUUGGUGGCGUAUUAUUCAGUUUGGAAGAAGGAGCUAGUUUUUGGAAUCAAGGGCUUACUUGGAGAAUAUUUUUUUCAUCUAUGAUUUCAACAUUUACACUAAAUUUAGUUUUGAGUGCAUAUCAUGGUCACCCUGGUGAAUUAACAUAUUGGGGCUUAUUGAAUUUUGGCAAGUUUAGCGAUUUUGCGUUAUCUUAUCAAAUGUUUGAACUGCCAAUCUUUAUUUUUAUGGGAAUUAUUGGUGGACUAACUGGAGCGCUAUUUUGUCAUCUUAAUUAUAAACUCACCGUAUUUAGAAUGAGACAUUUGGUGGAUCGCUGGAAGAAAGUCCUAGAAGCAGUCCUGGUUUGUUGUUUUACAGCAACUGUGGGAGUUUUGUUAAUGUUAUGGCAAAAUGAUUGUAAACCAUUGGGCCUUGAUCCAACAAAAAAUCCUGUUCAGUUAAAUUGUAACGAUGGUGAGUUUAACUCUAUGGCAUCAUUAUGGCUUCAAGUUCCUGAAGCUUCAGUUAGAUCGUUUUUCCAUGAUCCGACAGAAUCACUCGAUGCAACUACAUUAGUGUAUUUUGCUAUUUCUUUUUAUUUACUUACAAUUUGGACAUACGGCUUAAGUGUUAGUGCUGGUCUGUUUAUUCCAUGCUUAGCUACAGGUGCAGCAUGGGGACGACUUAUUGGACUUGGAGUUCAGUGUAUAUUUCCAAAUGUAGAUGUUGGAAAAUAUGCAUUGGUUGGUGCUGCAUCCCAACUUGGUGGUGCUGUUCGUAUGACCAUUAGUCUUACGGUUAUAUUAAUUGAAGCAACUGGCGAUAUAACAUUUGGUUUACCACUUAUGAUUUGUCUUUUAACUGCAAAAUGGAUUGGUGAUUAUUUUACAGAGAGUAUUUAUGAUAUUCACAUACAAUUGAGUGGAAUACCAUUAAUGGCAUGGGAUCCUCCACCACUAUCAUCAAAUAUAUAUGCUAGUGAGGUCAUGUCUUAUCCAGUCAUUGCAUUUAGAUCAAAAGAAUCAGUAGGAAAAAUUGUGGAUACUUUAAAAAAAUAUACAUACAAUGGAUUUCCAGUAGUUGAUGACGUUUUUAGCACUGAUUCAGAAGGAGGUAACAAUAAGCUUAAUGGUCGUUUACGUGGAUUGAUACUUCGAUCUCAACUUAUUGUACUAUUACAAAACAAAGUGUUCAAUGAAGUUCCGGCAGCUUGGGAUAAUGUUUCUUUAACUACUUUCCGAAAAGAUUACCCGAGAUAUUCAAAUAUAGAUAAUAUAAACGUCUUGGACAGUGAAAGGCAAUAUACAGUUGAUCUAUUACGAUUUAUGAACCCAUCUCCAUAUGUUGUACAAGAUAUGGCAUCAUUACCAAGGAUUUUCCGGCUUUUUAGAGCAAUGGGUCUUAGACAUAUUGUUGUCGUUAAUGAUUCAAAUGAGGUAACUGGUGUUGUGACCCGUAAAGAUCUUACCCGUUAUAGAGUAUGGAAACAUAGAGGUGCUAUUGGUGUCGAAGAACUGAAAGUGUCUGCAAAAUUGUGAUAACUUUUCUUACAGUAAAAUUAACCUAAUAAUAUAUAUUCUAAUAAUUUAGAACUUUUCGUUCAUUAUUGUAUAUUAAUUAUUAUAUUUUAUCAAACUUGUUUGACAUUCUAUAUUUUAUUUUUUUAACAAAUGUCAAUUUAUUUAAAUUUUUAUAUAAACCAGUGGUUCUCAAACUGCAAAAGACCGUGAGGUAGUAGUACGGAAUAUUAAUAUUAUUAUUUUGUGUUCUAUGUAUGUUAAUAUUAAAUAUAAAUAAAUUAUUUUUAUAUAUUUUAA